CCUGGCGCAGCUGUUUAAGUGUGACACGGACCAGAUAAGAGCACUUCAGUCUCCCACAGACUGUGAUGGAAUAUGACAAUUCAUAGAAGGACGUGUGGAUUUACAAAGACAUCGGAAACACGAAGCCCCUGGGAGAGGGACUGGAGUGUCUUGUUUGGGAAAAGAAUCAUCUGACCACUUCCAAACAGAUGACCAGUGAUGGCCACAGCAUCAGACAAAGCAGUCAAUUUAGUGGAUGAAGUUGUGUCUAAACACAUUUUCAACCCUUUGGAGAGGAUCACGCUAUCUAUCUUCCUGGUGACGGUCAUCAUAAUGACUGCUCUUGGUAAUAUGCUUGUGAUGGUGGCAAUCUGUAAAGACAGACAGCUAAGGAAGAAGAAGACCAACUACUUCAUCGUAUCACUGGCGUUUGCAGAUCUUCUGGUUGCUCUUGUUGUCAUGCCCCUGGCAGCCAUAGAGCUGAUCACAGGUCAAUGGAGUUAUGGAGAGACGUUCUGCCUGGUCCGUACCUCACUGGAUGUGCUGCUAACCACUGCAUCCAUACUGCACCUGUGCUGUAUUGCGCUGGACAGGUUCUAUGCCAUUUGCUGCCAGCCUUUGGUGUACAAUAACAAGAUGACACCUGUGAGAGUAUCAUUGAUGCUGGUCGGAUGCUGGGUCAUCCCAUUUUUCAUCUCUUUCCUACCCAUCAUGCAAAGCUGGAACACCAUUGGAAUCGAACAGCUUAUAAAAGAAAGAAACCCUUCUCGUAAUAAAACUUCCUGCGUGUUCAUCGUGAACCGACCCUACGCCCUGGUUUGUUCAGCCGUGGCUUUCUAUGUACCUCUGGGACUGAUGGUUCUUGCCUAUCAGCGAAUCUACGUCACUGCUAUGGGGCACGCACGGCGAAUCGGCUCCCUUCACCGGGCCGGCUCGGCACCUUCGAACUAUCCUAACCAUGAUCAACACGGGUCCAGACGCCUGAAGAAUGAAACUAAAGCAGCCAAGACUCUAGCCGUUAUCAUGGGCUGCUUCUGUCUGUGCUGGGCACCCUUUUUUGUCACCAACGUGGUGGACCCCUUCAUCGAUUACAUUGUGCCACCGCAGAUCUGGACAGCUUGGCUCUGGCUGGGCUAUAUCAACUCAGGCUUGAACCCGUUCCUCUAUGCGUUUCUAAACCGGGCUUUUCGAAGAGCCUUUCUAAUGAUACUGUGCUGUGGAGAUGAACGCUAUGCCCGGCAGGGGGGCUUUAGUCCGAGCAGACAACACUCAGCGUCUGUCAACGGAACCUCCAUUUCUCUCAGAUUGUCAUUUCUUCCAAAUCGAAGGUACAGUGACAAUUCCAACCGAAUUCUCGCGAGCGAGCUGGAAUCGCAGGACUCUGUUGGAGUUUCAUAGUCCGGUCCUCAUACCAUCAGGUGCCACCACAACAUACAAACAUCAGCCCACAGAGGAAAUAUAUCCUGAACCAGAGGCUUCAUUCUGGUUUCCCUUGUUUUCCAAGAUAACUGUUUACCUCAUUUGUAAGUCGCCUCUGAUAAAUGUGUCUGCUAAAUAACUGAAUGCAAAUGUAAAUAACAGUGUUACAAAGAUUGACUAUAUAAGGUCCGACUCUGUUGAGAUGAUAUUAGCAUGCAGGUAUUCCAACCAAACUGUCUAAAAUCAGUAUGACGGUGGGAAGAGAAAUACAUCCAGGAGGGUUGAAGACAUAAUAGAAGUCAGAAAACCGAACAGAGGCGCCAACAAAGACUGUACUUUACAAAUUCAGUCCCUGCUGGACAUUUUUACACUUAAUGGAGUUGUCAGCUGAACAGUUUUCAUUUAUAAAGCUAUUCUUGUCGUACUGCAUUCAGAGAAACACUUCUGCUUAAACUGUACAGUGUGACAAACACGUCCUGCUCACAUUCAAGCGUGUUGGUUAUUUUAUGCAUUUAUCUUCACUCAAUCAUGUAUUUAUGUUUGGGCUUCUGUACAAAGAAGCUGUGCCUUGUCACCAUGUGACAUUUUUAUUUUUAUUAUAUCGCUGUGUAAUCGAACUGAAGUUAAUGGACAGUCUAUCUUACGGAUGGAUCUAGAAAAACAGAAAAUCUGAUGUACUACAAAACACUCUUUCAUCUGAUCUGUUCAGCACUUCAAAACAAAUUCUGUGGCAUCUCAUCCAUUACACAAAAGCCCCUCUUUGAUUGAUAUGCCAUUGUUAUUGCCAUUGUUCUCCAGACAGUUUGAUUGAGGUUCCUAGGAGACAGCCAAAUGGUGAACCAUUUUAAUUGCAUAAUCCUGAAUAUGGUCUUGAGAGCAUUAGUGUGAUCAGACCAUAACAUUGUUUUGCCCAAAUGAGCCGAUUAUGUCGAGGCGAUGCCGAAGCAUCAAGUGCCCUCGAAAAUUCAAACGCAACUUUUGUAGAUCUAAAUUACUAUCCAUUUGCAAAACAAAUAUGAAGAUGUGGGUUUAUUCCAAUUCAAAGUUCUGAAGGCUGAUAAUUCAUCAAGAGGCUAUGCGACAGUUUAUGCUCUGCUAUCAACAAUCAACUUUAGUUCAGCUAUACGCAUCGUCUGGCAUUUGUGCAUAACUUCCCAAAGUGUUUAAAGCAAAUAUUUUUGCAAUGAAACAGUUCUAAAGCUGUGAAAUCUCAUUAUGAUCAAAAAAGGCUUGAUAAUGCAGAAUGACAUUUAAAAGCUGCGGCAGAGGAAGAGUGUUCGACA